GGGGAUAUUUGUGUUAUGGAUGAGAAGAAUAUCUGACCGUUGAAGAUUAUUGUAUUGAGUUGGCUUCUUCCAUGGCUGCAAAAUUGAAGGUUUGAGCUAUGGAGAGUUUGAUGUGUUGUGAUGUUUCUUUCAAUUCCAUUCCUUCUUCAUCUCUCAAUUACACAUUCCCUCGUCCUCGAUUCUUAUCCUCCCUUCCUCUAAUCAACAACCACAGACUCUCUCUUCCUAUUCUGCGAGCUCAACAGCAGUCUGAAGCUUCGGAUGGAUCCGCAAUUGGCGAUUCCAAAGUUGAUACUACGGAAUGGAAAGUUAGAAAUUCACAAGAUGAAAUAGCUGCUACCCAAGGCAUACGAAUCAGAAGACGACCACCAACAGGACCUUCUUUGCAUCAUGUUGGUCCUUUUGAAUUCCGGUUACAGAAUGAAGGUAAUACUCCUCGUAACAUACUAGAGGAAAUUGUAUGGAACAAGGACGUAGAAGUUGCGCAGGUGAAAGGGAAAAAACCUCUAUUUACAUUGAAGAAAGCUAUUGACAAUGCUCCUCCGCCCAGAGACUUCAUAGGAGCUCUUAAGGCAUCAUAUACACGAACGGGAAGGCCUGCUCUAAUUGCUGAAGUGAAAAAGGCUUCACCAAGUCAAGGAGUUCUAAGGGAAGAUUUUGAUCCUGUUGAAAUCGCAAAAGCCUAUGAGAAUGGUGGAGCAGCAUGCAUCAGUGUAUUAACUGACCAAAAAUAUUUUCAGGGAAGCUUUGAAAAUCUAGAGGCCAUUCGGAAUGCUGGAGUGACGUGCCCUUUAUUAUGCAAAGAAUUCAUCGUAGAUGCAUGGCAACUCUAUUAUGCUCGAGCAAAAGGUGCUGAUGCUGUUUCAUUAAUCGCAUCUAUUUUACCAGAUCUUGACAUCAAAUAUAUGACUAAGAUUUGCAGAAUGAUCGGAUUGGCCGUACUGGUGGAGGUACAAGAUGAGAAUGAAAUGGAUCGCAUCCUUAAAAUUGAUGGGAUCGAACUCAUUGGUAUCAAUAAUCGUAAUCUUGAAACGUUUGAGGUUGACAUCAGUAACACAAAGAAGCUGCUUGAAGGCGAACGUGGUGAGAAGAUUCGCCAAAAAGACAUAACAGUGGUCGGGGAGUCCGGAUUGUUCACCCCUGCUGAUGUUGCCUAUGUACAAGAAGCUGGUGUGAAAGCAAUCUUAGUUGGGGAGUCGAUUGUGAAGCAAAAAGAUCCCACAAAAGGUAUCGAGGAACUUUUUGGAAAAGACAUAUCUGUCCCCACGGCUUUAGCCUAGCGUGCAAGAAGGUGGGCAUCUUUACAGACACGUCUGCAUUCAGUUGCCGAGAUGGGGAUCAAAGUUAGCCCUUCUGGCUGGCAUUAAGCAGGUUUUUGAAGAUGGUAUAUAUAUAAAGUUUUGUUUCAUCUGUUUGCUUGCUUCCUAUAGAAUACUAGUUGGUCAUGACCAACAUCACUUGUAAUGCUGAAAUGCAGAUUUAUGUGGAUGAUAUUUCGCAAACGGUCAUCGUUCAUUGUAUUACAAAUGGGAAUUUCGCACUUGAGGUAACGCUAAAUUCUAUAUGUACAUUUUAUCUUUUGAAACUUUUGGUGAUUGUCGGUAACCAUCCGUGUCUAAAGCACUAGAACGGUCCAGUUUGAUAUGCUAUGUAACGAACUCAGUUUGGUUUUCUUUUAGCGUGUAAUCAAUACUGACCUUUUGAGAACCAAUUCCGAGGUGGUAUGUGGUUCGCU